GAGAGUUGAAGAACAAACACUCCAGCCCGCGCCCCGGUGCCCAUCGUCUUCUCCAGCCCGCGCCCCGGUGCCCAUCGUCUUCUCCAGCCCGCGCCCCGGUGCCCAUCGUCUUCUCCAGCCCGCGCCCCGGUGCCCAUCGUCUUCUCAGCCCGCGCCCCGGUGCCCAUCGUCUUCUCCAGCCCGCGCCCCGGUGCCCAUCGUCUUCUCCAGCCCGCGCCCCGGUGCCCAUCGUCUUCUCCAGCCCGCGCCCCGGUGCCCAUCGUCUUCUCCAGCCCGCGCCCCGGUGCCCAUCGUCUUCUCCAGCCCGCGCCCCAGUGCCCAUCGUCUUCUCCAGCCCGCGCCCCGGUGCCCAUCGUCUUCUCCAGCCCGCGCCCCGGUGCCCAUCGUCUUCUCCAGCCCGCGCCCCGGUGCCCAUCGUCUUCUCCAGCCCGCGCCCCGGUGCCCAUCGUCUUCUCCAGCCCGCGCCCGGUGCCCAUCGUCUUCUCCAGCCCGCGCCCCGGUGCCCAUCGUCUUCUCCAGCCCGCGCCCCGGUGCCCAUCGUCUUCUCCAGCCCGCGCCCCGGUGCCCAUCGUCUUCUCCAGCCCGCGCCCCAGUGCCCAUCGUCUUCUCCAGCCCGCGCCCCGGUGCCCAUCGUCUUCUCCAGCCCGCGCCCCGGUGCCCAUCGUCUUCUCCAGCCCGCGCCCCGGUGCCCAUCGUCUUCUCCAGCCCGCGCCCCGGUGCCCAUCGUCUUCUCCAGCCCGCGCCCCGGUGCCCAUCGUCUUCUCCAGCCCGCGCCCCGGUGCCCAUCGUCUUCUCCAGCCCGCGCCCCGGUGCCCAUCGUCUUCUCCAGCCCGCGCCCCGGUGCCCAUCGUCUUCUCCAGCCCGCGCCCCGGUGCCCAUCGUCUUCUCCAGCCCCGCGCCCAGUGCCCAUCGUCUUCUCUCAGCCCGCGCCCCGGUGCCCAUCGUCUUCUCCAGCCCGCGCCCCGGUGCCCAUCGUCUUCUCCAGCCCGCGCCCCGGUGCCCAUCGUCUUCUCCAGCCCGCGCCCCGGUGCCCAUCGUCUUCUCCAGCCCGCGCCCCGGUGCCCAUCGUCUUCUCCAGCCCGCGCCCCGGUGCCCAUCGUCUUCUCCAGCCCGCGCCCCGGUGCCCAUCGUCUUCUCCAGCCCGCGCCCCGGUGCCCAUCGUCUUCUCCAGCCCGCGCCCGGUGCCCAUCGUCUUCUCCAGCCCGCGCCCCGGUGCCCAGCGUCUUCUCCAGCCCGCGCCCCGGUGCCCAUCGUCUUCUCCAGCCCGCGCCCCGGUGCCCAUCGUCUUCUCAAACAUUACACUAAACCAAGGACGCUAUUUUGCCCAAAUAACCGUAAUGAAGAAGCAUUUACGACCCUCGGGUGA